GCAAACAGAUGCAUCCUCCCAAUUCCAAUCUAUCUCACUGAGAUGAUUCACUGAGAGAAAACAUAGCAAGAUCUGUGGAGAUCCAGGUGAAGUGAAUUUUCAACUCUCUGGAGAAUUCCAGAUGUUUCAUCUGUGCCUCUAGAUCCACUAUUGAAGCAUAUCUAUAAACACCAUGGCCUCAGGCCUAUAUGCCAAGAUGAAAGCGGAGGCCACCUGCUUCAUCUGCCGGAAGCUGAUGACAGACCCUAUGAGCAUUGAUUGUGGGCACAGCUUUUGCUACAAGUGCAUAGCAGGAAAUGGUGGAAACAUACUAUCGGGAUGGAUAUCCCCUGGGAUAACCGUCUACUGUCCCCAAUGUAAGGCAUCCUUUAAAAAGGAGUGCCUCCGGGCUAACAAGCAGCUGCAAAACCUCAUUGAGACCAUCAAGGAAAUGGACGUGGAACAUUUAUGUGAGGAGCAUGGAGAGCAGCUCCAUCUGUUCUGUGAAGAUGACCACCAGCUCCUCUGCUGGCGCUGUGAGCGGUCACAACAGCACAAAGGACAUGUCACAACUCUUGUUGAAGAUGUGUGUCAAAACUACAAGGAAAAGCUCCAGAAAAUUGUGACAACGUUGAAGAGCACAGAAAAUCUAUGUUCUAGUUACAUACUAUUCGCAAGAGAGCAAAUAAAUGAAUGGGAGGAGAAGGUGGAAUUUAGGAAACAAAAAAUUCAGUCUGAUUUUCAGACUCUCUAUAAAUUCCUGCAUGAGGAAGAAAAGUCUCAUUUAUGGAGACUGGAGGAAGAAAAAAUGCAGACUCUGAAGAUAUUGCAAGACAGUAAAGCAAGCUUGGAAAUGCAGAGCCAAAAACUCAAGAACCACAUCCUGGAACUUGAGAGGAAAUGCCAGGACCCGGCUCAGAAAAUGCUGCAGGAUAUCAAAGACACCUUGAAGAGGAGUGCAGAUGUUAAGAUGGAGACCCCGAAAAGCAUCUCUCUGGAGCUGUCCACCGUGUGCAAUGUCUCAGAGCUCUACUUCCAAGUGCCCAAGUUGUUAAGGCACCAUCAAGUUAAUGUAACUCUGGAUCCAGAUACGGCUCAUCCUAAAUUAACUCUGUCUACAGAUUGGAGAUCAGUGACCCAUGUGUCCCUGUACAAAAAACCCAGCUGUCCCAGGAGAUUUACAGUUCUACCCUGUGUCCUAGGUUCAGUGAGCUUCACCUCAGGAAAACAUUACUUUGAAGUCAGUGUGGGCAACAGUGCUCAGUGGGACGUAGGUGUUUGUCUGGAAAAUGUAUUGCGGGACAGUGAUAUGACACCAGCACCUCAGAUUGGAUUCUGGGCCAUCAGACUCUGCAAAGUCCAGGGCUAUUUAGGCUUGACUUCUCCCCCCACUCCCCUGUCUUUGAAGGAGAAACCUGAAACCAUAGGGAUUGUUCUGGAUUACGAUGCUGGGUUUGUGGCCUUCUAUAAUGCCACAACAGGCUCCUAUAUCUACACCUUUCCCAAGGCCUCCUUCUCUCAGGCUCUCCAUCCUUAUUUCCAAGUUCAUCCUUAUUCUCCUUUAUUCUUGCCUUCCCCACAUGAGUAAGGGAUAAAAGGAGAGUCUCCACUGGGGGAAA